UGGCCUUUGGACUGUUUCUCUUAGGUUGUCGGUUCACGCUGGGCCGUGGUCCGGGCCCUUUCAACUAAUUGAUUCGAGAGAAGACCGAUCUGUCACAGUAUCAAUGUCUUCUUUUUCUUCUUCGAUACGUUCGACCUGCGAUGUGAAAGUCUCACCAUCUCCGCUUCCUGUUUCCUUUUCUUUUCCUUUCUUUUUUUCUUUUUAUUUUUUUAAACUUCCCUUGUUCCCUGUAUAUUUGCACCAUGCCCAUGUCUUGGCCGCCGGCGUGGCGGACUCUCUUGGUAUUUCUCGGCGCCAUGACUUUUUGUUUCUCGUUUUACUCAUUCGGUUAUUCACCCCCUAUUUCACCGGCCUUGGGACUUGGACGCUUCUUGGGUUACAGGCGCCGAUUAUUCCUUUUUCCCAGGUGCGUCUGGGAGUGUAUUCUAGAGAGGCAGUAGUGUAUCAACAGCGAGCAAUUCAAUGUGUGGAUUGAGAUGCACAUCUUGAUGAUCAAAUAUAGAACAAUCUAAUCUAAUAUAGUUGGAAUCCAC